CUUUUCAUUUAUGCUAUCUUUAACUAAAAUGGAGUGCGCGUGCAUGGACCCGACGCGUCUUUUGUGACCGCCGCCAAGUUGGAACAAGUGCAUGUCCCCAAAUGGGGCAACUAUUGUGGAUAAUCCCAACGAUGCUGGAGCGUUUUGAUGCAUGUUAGGGGGAAGGAAAUCCGUCCACUUGGGAGCCCUAUUCAAAACCUGCGCCUCCGAUUUUUUUCUCUUCGGAUUGUUUAAAAAAGAAAAUCGAUCCGUUAGUGUAAUAGUGGAAUUUUUUGGGUUGGUCUUCCAUGUAGCGCAAGAAAAAAGGCGCAGUGUUUGCGACUCUCAGGCUUACAUAAACAGCGGCGUCAUGUAUGCAGGACGCAAGAGGAGAAAACCGGUCCAGAGAACGGUGAAACAGCCGCCCAAUGAGGGGGCAAAGUCCAACCCAUCGAAGCGGCACCGUGAUCGACUAAAUGGGGAGCUGGAGAGGCUGGCCAGCCUUCUGCCCUUUCCCGAGGAGGUCACGGCCAGCCUGGACAAACUUUCCAUCCUGCGACUGAGUGUCAGCUACCUGCGAGCCAAGAACUUCUUCUCUGUGGCCCUGACCAACCGGGACAGACUCACUCCAGUCAGUGAAAAUCAAGUCGACGGAAAAGCAGGAGGAGCUAUUGAUGCUAACAUCCCCGAAGGAGAACUUUUGCUGCAGGCCCUCAACGGGUUUGUCCUGGUCAUCACAGCCAGUGGUACCAUCUUCUUCUCUUCUCACACCAUCCAGGAUUACUUGGGCUUCCACCAGACCGAUGUGAUGCACCAGAGCGUUUAUGAGCUAGUCCAUACAGAAGACCAACAGGAACUCAGGAGAAACUUACACUGGGCAUUGAAUCCACCUCCUGCAACUCCAUCCGCCAUCAGCCAGAACUCACCUCAAGAGCUGGAGCCUGGCAGCAGCUCACCCUUGGUAACCUAUAACCCUGAGCAACUUCCUCCAGAAAACUCAUCAUUCCUGGAGAGGAGCUUUGUGUGCCGCUUCCGCUGCCUCCUGGACAAUUCCUCUGGCUUCCUGGCUCUCAACUUCCAGGGUAGGCUUAAAUUUCUACACGGACAGAACCAGCGGCAAGAAAAUGGGGGAAAGGCACCACCACAGCUUGCACUUUUUGCCAUCGCAACUCCUCUGCAACCUCCAUCCAUUCUGGAGAUCAGGACCAAGAACAUGAUCUUCAGAACCAAACAUAAACUGGACUUUACACCGCUGGCUUGUGAUGCAAAGGGGAAGAUAGUCCUGGGGUACACAGAGGCUGAACUGCGGGUACGAGGAUCUGGUUAUCAGUUCAUCCAUGCAGCAGAUAUGUUGUACUGUGCAGAGAAUCAUGUCAGAAUGAUGAAGACAGGGGAGAGUGGACUGACAGUAUUCAGGCUGCUCACCAAGGAGAAUCGUUGGAAAUGGGUGCAGGCCAACGCUCGGCUGGUUUACAAAAAUGGAAAACCCGACUACAUCAUCGCCACCCAGAGGCCGCUCUUGGAUGAAGAGGGAGGUGAACACCUGCGUAAACGUUCCAUGCAUUUACCCUUUACAUACGCUACGGGUGAGGCCUUACUUUACCAGUCGAACCAUCCCAUUGCGGGCUUCAGAGAUGGUGUUUCUGAGAAGAAUGGUAGUAAGUCAAAGAAAAGCCGGACUGACAGGUUGUUGAGGGAUGGUUUGGAUCCAGGCUCACUUCUAGGGGCCCUCAUGAGCCAGGAUGAGUCAGUUUAUGUUUGCCAGCCUGCCCUGGAGCCCAAAAUCUCCUUUCACAGCAGCUUGUUUGGAGACCAAAUGGGCUUCUCUGACUCCAAAUCUGGUUUUCACAGAAGAUGGGAUACACCAAGCAAUGGUGAUCUCAAUCAAAGCAUCACAGAACAAGGCACCAGCUUUGACCCACUACUUGCUACUUUGGACUCCCUGUCACUGGAAGGCCAAGGUGUCUUGGAUUCGGAGGAUGGUGGCUGUUCGAACAGGGAGUUAUUUGGAGCUCUUGAGGGUUUGGGGCUGAGCGCUGAGGACCUGGAGCUUCUCCUGUUGGAUGAGAGGAUGAUUCGAGUUGAAAUCGACCCAGAGCGUGUGCCCACCUUGGAUGACCUUCUGACCAAUGAUGAAAUUCUUUCAUACAUUUAUGACUCCAUUGAAGGAAAGAUUGAUUCUGCAGACCAGGAAGAACAGGUGCCACCUUGUGAUCCUUCAGCAAGUGCAACAACAGUAUUAGUAUCUGAAAGUACUCUAAUCUCUGACCCAAAUGUGAAAAUGCAAUUUCCUCACCAUAAGACUCCCAUGGUGUCAAAGGCUCCCAUUGUCCAAUUGUCCCAGCAAAUGCAAAAGCACCUCAGCAUGUGCUCUGGCAAAGGGGGACACAACUGGGGCCACCAGAGUGAGCAUUUAACCAAUACAAUUGUUAAUGGAGACCUAAUGGAGCAUGUUGAAGCGCCCUCAAACCGACAAUGGUCAGCCCAAGACAUUCUCACGAGUGCAGGGAUACAACUGGAACACAUGAACUCCCGACAGACUGCUUUCAAUGGCAAGACAUCAGAAUUAGACGGGGAGCUUCAUCAACCGCAUCAGAGCUACCUGCAGCAGCAACAGCCAUUGAUGCAGAACCAGCUCUCACAGCAGCGCCAUGCUAAACAGAAGGUAAACAAUUUAAAUGGACUGUGUGCCAUCUCCAGCACAGAGCAGAAAGCAGUAAAAUCACCAUGGCAGGACUUUGGCAUCACAGAGAGUCUGGGUCCAUGUCUCAAUAACAGGGAGAAACCUAUUGCAGACAUUUCAUUAGAUUCCUGCACGGAUUACAGCAUGCCCAACAUUGACAAUUCGGAUUAUUCCAUGAACGGAAGUGGUGUGUUCGGGAGCAGUACGCUCCAGCACAGGGCCGAGUCCCCAAUUUCAGCGUUACCGGGGAUUACUCACAAGCGGCAGCAGGAGCCAAUCACAGUUCCUUUGGCUCAAGUCCUCACCAGCCUGUCCCAGUGUCCCCCUCCGAAUGCCUCGCUGGAACAAAUCCUGGCAGUCGGCAAACCUUGUCGGCAGUUGGACCACUAUGCCAUUGUGGCCUCAGACCUGCCUCAGGAACCCAGUCAUGGCAAAACAGAGAACGGCCAUAUCCUGACAGCAUCUUACCCAGCAAUGCCCAAUGGGAAUGGUGCAGUGCCCCCUGCUGUCCAGAUACCCUGCCCGGAGACUUUGUCUGGCCUCCCUGAUCCAACAACCACCGGCUUCUACCUCUGACCAGCUGUCCCUUGCACCGCAAAUGGGCAGAGACACUCAUACAUACACAACCGGUGCACACGCGCGCACAGACACACACACACACACAGAUUGGACCAGCCUUAUGACACAAAGAUAAGACAACAGACAAAACUAAUAAAUGCUGUCCUGUUUUGUUUUUUUUGUUUUGUUUUUUUGGCCAAGGGGGUUGAGCGAUCAUUGUAAUACUUUUCAAGUCAUAUUAUCAUAAGAGUCCUUUGUUUACAGCAAUGCAGUUAGAGAGUUAUGUGAAUGAAUACCGAUGUGACAGAUUCAGUUUUUUUUUCCAUUUUAUUUUAGUGAAGAAGUUGCAGAUAAGUCAAGACAUUUUGAGCCAACUUAUUUGUCUGCGUUUCCUGAAUGUACAGACACUCAAGUGUAAAAAGGAAGGGAGGCUUUAGCACGAAAUGCAACUUUUACUUUAUCCACAGUUUUACAAAUAUCUUCGAAUUUUCCUGUUGAUAACAUAACUGUACACCCACCGACCAGUUCAUUAGAUACACCUGGACAGUCAAAUACAUUUUGAAAUCAUGCUGUUUACUUAUGGUUGACAUGAUAUCAUCAGGUAUAAGAUGGUUGGGAGGGGAGGAGGAUUAACAGUUAUCACUAUACUUCUACUGGAUUUAAUGUGGUGGUGCAGUCAGGUCCUGCCACGUUCCUUAACCUACUAUGUAAUAAAAAUGUCAAAGUGCAACGGUCAUGCAGCAAAAAGUAAUGCACCUCUGCCAAGGUUAAAUCAUCUUGUUUGAUCCAACUUGUCAACAAGUUGUAGAACUUCAAUAUAUGCCUGAGUCGGCUUGUCCAUCCAGAUUUACACCGUAAUUGAAUACCCUCGUUCUUUGUCUUUGUAACAUCCUACAAUAAAGAUCCAUGAUAAUUGCUAAAAUACAAGCGGCAGUCAAAAUGUACUUAGCCCAAUUUAGUUGAACUUCUCAUAGUUGAUUCUUUUUUUCAGGAAUUUUAACGUCUUGUGGUUUGAAUACCUGAGUAAUGGUUAUUUUCUUUCCAGCCUGUUCUCUUUCUUUCAGCCAUUUAGGGAUGGCUCUCUGCAGAAGAGACCUAUAAUGAAAUUUCUUGCUUUGGAAGGGGAACCAGCAAUAAACAUUUUUAAACGUUUUCAAAAUGUGUACUGGGAAGCUGAAAUUGGAUAGAGCACAAAAAGCGGGUGUCCAGAAUCAAAGGUGAAAAAAAGGCCUCAAUGACAAGCAAAGGAGCUCAUAAAGUCAUCAGUUCUGUUGGGUGGAACGCUCCAACCCAUCCCCAAAUCUGGCACCAGCGGUAUUGAGAGAAAGUGACAUAUUAUAAUCUAGAGUAACAAUGAAAGCCACACUUUUUGAGCUUCAUCUCACUGCGUAGAUUGCAUUUCUAUUACAAUAAAUAAAGCUUUGGUAAAAUUGGGCUCAUUACUUUUUAACUGCCCCUCACAGUUUCGCAUAUUUCUGAUUACUAAUAAUCAAAUAAAACAUCUCCUUUGGUUGGAAGUACAUUAGAAUGUUUCUGUUUAUAAAUGGCAUACUGCGGUACAGGUGUCCCUAAUGAUGUGUCCAGGUGAACAUUAUUUGCUUCACUUUACAUCUUGGCGCUCCAAGAAAACACACACACACACAAAAGCGAGCAAACAAAACAGUUGUCCAUUGUACAACUAGAAUGUAGUGCUUCAUUUCUUUGUUGAACUAAUUAACAAUGAGAUUAAAUGUUUGAAAGGAAGUAUAGAAUAUGGAGAAAAUGAUGCUAGAUGAUAUCUUGCACUUUAUUUCAAGCAGCCAUUUAAUGCAGCAGCUUUGCAGUCAGGUCAAACAAAGCCUGAUUCUUUUUUUUUUUUUUUAAUUUGAUUUAUGAAGUUACUAAUGCUAACUAGACAAGUUGGCAUCGAUUUUCAGAUGACGCCCUCAAAAGCACAAUCACUUCUAAACAAUUGUUCAUGUACUCUUUAUAUUUCUCGCAUUAUAUAGUGUGGAAGAUUUUCA